AUGCCUUCUCAGGACUCUGACUUUCCCCAGAAGGAACAUGAGAAAAUGACCGAGUUUCAGGAGUCCGUGACCUUCAAGGAUGUGGCUGUGGUCUUCACUGAGGAGGAGCUGGGGUUGCUGGACUCAGCCCAGAGGAAGCUGUACCAGGAUGUGAUGGUGGAGAACUUCCGGAACCUGGUCUCAGUGGGCCAUCUUCCCUUCAAAGCAGAUAUGGUAUCCCAGUUGGAGACAGAAGAAAAACUGCAGACAUUGGAGAGGGAAACCCAAAGAAAUGGCAAGAUCCCAAAUGAGAUGGAGACUCUUGGAAAAGUCAUGUUACAAUACUUCUCAUGUGAAGAGCUGUCCUGCUGGCAGAUCUGGAAACAGGCCGCAAAUGAUUUAACUCUGCAAAGGAAGAGUUCCUGGUUCCUGCAAGGUGAUUCUCUUCAAGUUUCUGAAGAUGAGAACCAUAUAAUGAAUCAUAAAGGAGAUCACUUCAGUUGCCUUGAGAAUCAGGAGUUUUUGAUUCUGACAGCCCAGGCUUCUUGUGGGAGUAGGUGUCUGAGUGAGUCAGAGAAUCCAAGCAGAGAUAAACAGAUGAAUGUGAAAAGUCAUCUGCAUGUAUGUGAAGGCUUCACAAAGAAUUCACCACUGAGUGAUCCUGGUAAAACUGACACAAAACAGAUACCCUGCAAAGGAGAGAGACCGCGUCCCUGUAGAGUGUGUGGGGAGGGCUUCAGUCAUGGCGCAGUGCUCCCAGUUCAUCAGAAGGUUGACCCUGGAGAAGAAUGCUCCCAUCUGCAGACUCAUCAGAAAACUCACCCAGGAGGGACUGUCAAUAAUUGUCCUGAAUCCGGCGAUUAUUUCCAUCAGAACUCCUUUCACCCCCAUCACUCUAACCCCACAGGAGAAAAGUCCUACAGGUGUGACAGUUGUGGCAAGGCCUUUGGUAGCAGCACAGGCCUCAUCAUCCAUUACCGGACGCACACAGGGGAGAAACCUUACAGAUGCGAGGAGUGCGGUAAAUGCUUCAGCCAGAGUUCCAAUUUUCAGUGCCAUCAGAGAGUCCACACGGAAGAGAAGCCCUACAAGUGUGAAGAGUGCGGGAAGGGCUUCGGCUGGAGCGUCAACCUCCGUGUUCACCAGCGGGUCCACAGGGGCGAGAAACCCUACAAGUGUGAGGAGUGCGGGAAGGGCUUCACACAGGCCGCCCAUUACCACAUACACCAGAGGGUCCACACCGGGGAGAAGCCCUACAAGUGUGACAUCUGCGGCAAGGGGUUCAGUCACAACUCGCCUCUGAUUUGCCACCGGCGGGUCCACACUGGAGAGAAGCCCUACCGCUGUGAGGCCUGUGGCAAAGGCUUCACCCGGAACACGGACCUCCACAUCCACUUCCGCGUCCAUACAGGGGAGAAGCCCUACACCUGCAAGGAGUGUGGGAAGGGCUUCAGUCAGGCUUCAAAUCUCCAAGUCCACCAGAACGUCCACACCGGGGAGAAGCGGUUCAAGUGCGAGACGUGCGGGAAGGGCUUCAGCCAGUCCUCCAAGCUCCAGACCCACCAGCGAGUCCACACCGGGGAGAAGCCCUACAGGUGCGACGUGUGCGGCAAGGACUUCAGUUACAGUUCCAACCUGAAGCUGCACCAGGUCAUUCACACCGGAGAGAAACCAUACACCUGCGAGGCAUGCGGGAAGGGCUUCAGCUGGAGGUCCAACCUUCAUGCUCAUCAGCGAGUCCACUCGGGAGAGAAGCCCUACAAAUGUGAGGCGUGUGACAAGAGCUUUAGCCAGGCCAUAGACUUCCGGGUCCAUCAGCGGGUCCACACAGGCGAGAAACCCUACAAGUGUGGUGUCUGCGGGAAGGGCUUCAGCCAGUCCUCGGGUCUCCAGUCCCAUCAGAGGGUCCACACCGGGGAGAAGCCCUACAAAUGCGAUGUGUGUGGGAAGGGCUUCCGAUACAGUUCCCAGUUUAUUUACCACCAGAGGGGCCACACUGGCGAAAAGCCUUACAAGUGUGAGGAGUGUGGGAAAGGCUUCGGGCGGAGCCUGAACCUUCGCCACCACCAGAGGGUCCACACAGGAGAGAAACCCCACAAGUGUGAGGAGUGCGGGAAGGCCUUCAGUCUCCCCUCCAAUCUUCGAGUCCACCUGAGCGUCCACACCCGGGAGAAACUGUUUAAAUGUGAGGAUUGUGGGAAGGGCUUCAGUCAGAGUUCUCGGCUUCAAGCCCACCAGAGGGUCCACACAGGAGAAAAACCCUACAAGUGCGACGUAUGCGGUAAGGACUUCAGUCACCGUUCACGGCUGACAUACCAUCAGAAAGUCCACACUGGCAAGAAUCUUUAA